AUGGGUAGCAAUCCGACAAAAGUGGCGGAUGGUGAGGUCCCAGACGAGAAACUAGCCGGAACUCUGUCGGAGAAUCGGAACAUUUACAAAAUGCUAGAUAUGCACGGAGGUGGCGUUUUGAUUAAGCUGGCAAGACAAUGCAAAGAGUUUGGAUGUUAUGAUAUGCUUGAUGCCUACCUGGAUCAGGAAGUGAGGAAAUUCAUGUACAAUGCAGGAAAAGGAAAACUGAUGCCAAUUGCAGAACUGGUCAAGGCCAGGAAUCAGGAGAGAAAUGCGAAACUCGGCGCAUUUUCAAGGAAGAAAGGAAAGGGUAAAAGUGGACCAAACAUUCUGGAUGAGUUUGAUCAAGGACAGGCUGAGAUGGCUGGAGAUCUAAAGAAAGCACUAAAAUUGUUGGAUGGUGGUGGAAAAGGUGGAAAAUCGGAAUCAAAGUACAGAGAGAUGGUUUGGAAUUUGGAUGACAGAGGCUCGAUGGGAGAGCAUGUUCUAGCCAUCUGUCUUCUUCAAGGAACUGCUCUUCACAAUAUUAUCGCUAAACGAUUAAUUCAUUUCUUUCCGAAAUUGAUCAAUGAUAUAUGUACUUCUGAAGACUAUUACGGGCUCUCCCCCUUACACAUGGCAAUUGUUAACCAAGAUGCUCAAUUCACUUCUAUACUUCUUCGUCUUGGAGCUGACUUAAAUCAAAGGUGUUAUGGAGCUUUCUUCUGUGCAGAAGAUCAAAAAACCAGUCGUACGGAUAGUUUGGAGCAUGAAUUCGUAGAACUCACCAAGAAUACAAACUACACAGGAUCGAUGUACUUUGGAGAGUAUCCACUUUCUUUUGCUGUUUGUACGGGACAUCAUGAUCUGUUCCGAAUGCUUCUAGCAAAGAAAGCAAAUCUGAACGCACAGGAUACCAAUGGAAAUACUGCACUCCAUUUGUGUGUUAUCCACGACAAAAUGGAUAUGUUAGAUGCGGUUUUGGAUGCAGGUGGUAAUCCAAGACUUGCAAAUAAACAGAAUUUGACGGCAUUAACACUUGCUGCAAGAUUGGCAAAGAAAACGGAAUCCACCCAACAUUUGGAAUUAAUGGACGGACUGAUUGAGCAGAUUCUAGAUGAGAAAUGGAAGGCAUACGGAAGAGCUCUGUGGUUCAGAUCACUUCUUGGAUUCAUUUUCUUCUAUUGCUGCUUCGUAUCAGCUUACAUGCUCCGUCCUUCGUCAGCCACCACCGAGCACAUAACACGCGGUCGAAUCAAUGAUGACGGUGAAACGGAAUCCACAAACUCUUCGAACUACUUGCAGUGGCAUUCAAUUGAUACACAAUGUCAUCUGAUGUACUAUUCCGAGUGGCCAUGGUAUCAUGGAUGGUUUCGUCUUGGAUGUGAAGUCAUGACCAUCGUUGUCAUGUUGUUUCAGAUUCUUUUCGAUUUGGGUGACAUUCGAAGGAUUGGAUUCCAGAAAUGGUUCAACUUCUUGAAAGCCUUCCCUGCUAAACUCAUGUUUAAAGGAGCAUUCUUAUUCAUUCUAAUUUCGAUUCCUUGCCGCCUUGCCUGUUCUUUCCACGAGUUCCUGACUAUUGACAACACAAUGGCUAUUAUUAGUGUUCUUCUUGUCACCCAACACUUUUUGUAUUACAUGAGAGCUAUCCCAUUCGUUGGACCAUUCGUCUUGAUGGUGUAUACUAUUAUCGCAACUGAUCUAGUCCGAUUUGCAAUGAUUUAUUCUAUCUUUCUGGUUGGAUUUUCGCAAUCAUUUUACCUAAUCUUCACAUCAUGUGAACGAGACUCCACACUUAUCAAAAAGACAGAUCCACUGGGAUCAGAAUUCAAUAACAUCAUGGAGAAUCCAGUUGAUGCUCUUCUACGAACUUUUAUUAUGACCAUUGGAGAGUUUUCGGUUUUGUAUCGUGAAAUGGCUGCAUGUGAUAAUUUCUGGAUGAAAUGGAUUGGCAAAAUCAUAUUUCUGAUUUUCGAAACAUUUGUGUCGAUUCUCCAAUUCAAUUUGCUGAUUGCCAUGAUGACAAGAACAUAUGAAACUAUUUUCCUAACAAGGAAAGAAUGGAAAAGACAAUGGGCUCAAGUGAUUCUAAUGCUUGAGAUGGGACUGACACCGGAAAGCCGAAAGAUGCACUUGCUUCGAUACACCAGACCAACUGGAAUUAACAAACGAGUCAGAAGCUACGUCGUUGUUUCUAGAGGAGAUGGAGAAAAGACUGAAAAUGAGGAACUGGCAGCCCGAGAAGCAAAAGAGGAACAGAAAAGAGAAGAGAGGGAGCAUGAAAUUAAGGCAAAAGCAUUGGCAUUGAUGAGCGCCAAGCUGAAAACCGAAGUCAAGAAGCGCCGUGUUCUUCGUCAACAGACAGUCGACGCCAACUCCCGACUCUAA